UAGUCAUCAAUUGUGAGACACACAUUAAACACUAAACAUUACACAAAAUCUAAAUCUAAAAUAAGUCAGCGAAAUGGCGCCGAAAACGAGGGAAGCCCAAUUGGCGGAAAUGGAUUUGAUUUUCCUGGAGGAUGUGCUGCCAAAGUGCCACAAAUGUCUAACCACUACACAGGCGGACUACGUAAAUCAUAAUAAAGGCGGUGUUCCAUGCAGAUCCAAAAAGAUAUUCCAAGAAGACCCGUCGCUACUCUCUGGCCACUAUGCGAACAAUCUGAAGGUUAACGGACAGGAAAUGAAAACAAAAUCCUGGCCCCGCUCUAUGGACUGGCGCGAGGAGUACGAACAGUUUGUGCGGCGCAAUAAGUGGUGCAACGAGGAUAUCUACAAGCUCUUCUUUGUGUGCCCGCCCGUGCAAUACAAACAGAUCGAGCAAUAUCUGAUAGACCUGCAAAAGACGGUAUAUAUGUUCGACUACUCGCCCAAGGAGUACGUGUCGCUGCUGAGCCAGCGCCGUCAAAACUUGGACAAAGAGGAGAUUCAGCGUGACAGUAACCAUAAGGACUAUUGGACUACCUAUGGAAACUAUUACAAUCGCAUACAAGAAACGGAACAAUUUCGAGAUGCUAUCUAUCCAGAGCCAAAGCCCAAGGACUUUUCGGUGGAGAAUUUCGCCAAGGCGAUGCGUAAACUAUUCACAAAGUAUAAUCUAACCACAUAUUUUGAUGAGAUAUGCGUGCCGGCGCUGUUCAUGGCCAAGGAUGGCAUAAUGCCAUCGGGACCAAUCGAUCGCUAUACCCUACGCAAGUACUGAGUCAGCACUUGCCAGUCUUCAUCCAUCCAUACUUACGCAUCUUCCCAUUCGUGAAAUAGUGGCAGCACACGGUUAGAGUGCGCCACAGGCACAAAGAUCAUAGCGUACUUCAAGUAAACGUUCGAAUUCUGCAAAAUAA